AUGCUGCAUGACGAUGUGGCGCAUCCCCAGCCACCGAUUCGGGCUGCUUUGGAGCACAUUGCUGAUUCAUUGCAUCGCCUUGGCCACGAAGUGAUCCCAUUCGAGCCACCGUCCCACGCGCAUGCGCUUACGAUUUGGCUCUCGAUUAUGGCACAGACUGCCGGUGGCAAGAUUCACGAGCUUUGCGAAGACGCAGGCGAGCCUCUGGUUCCUGAAGUGGCAGAGCUCAUGGGCGAGAAGCGCGGUGAUCGUGAACCGGCGACGGCAGAGGAAGUGUGGGAACAGGCCGAGGACCGUUUGGCCUACACAGCGGAAUAUGACCAAGCCUGGAACGAGACGGCGAAGCGCACGCAGUGCAAGCGUCCUAUGGAUGCAAUCCUUAUGCCGAAUACUGGAGUAGUAGCCUGGGAGCGUGGCGGCGUGAACUACUUUGUCGGUAAUGUCUUGCACUAUUCGAGCGUGUCAAUGCCGCUUGCCAAAUCUGGCCCUGUACCGCAAAAGACACGCGACGAGUUUUUCAAUACGACGGACGAAGAGGUCUACCAUGCUUAUGACCCCAAUAAACACAAUGGAAUGCCAAUUGGUAUUCAGCUCAUGGGCCGUCGCUUCCAAGAGGAAAAGGUGCUAGCCCUUGCCAAGAUUGUACAAGAUGCCGUUGUUCCUGGUUCGCCGGCUCGGGCCGUUCUGUAG